AUGAAGCUCGCUGCAGGCGCGCUGCCUGCCGCCCUUGUCAUCCUUGGGUGCGUGACGGACGCUUCGGCGCUGAGCUGGCGACUCUUUGUUGGCAGGGAUGACUGUGUGAGCGAGUGGCUUCCACAAUCGCAGUAUGACAAGUUGAAGGAAUCGCAUGAGAGCAGAAAGCAGCGCAUGCCUGAUGAGCUGAAUGUGGUGGUCGAUGCAGGCUUUCUGCUCAGGAACAGGUAUGGCGGCGAGACAUCGAAGGCUUCAGUAGACGUCUGGGUGAAGAACCCCGAAGACAGGGUCGUCUACAGAAAGGCCAACACCAAAGAGGACAACUUCUACAUCCAUGCGAAGGGCGGAAUUGGCCCGUGGCAGCUUUGCUUCAGGGUCAAUCAGCGGGACAGUGCCCAUCAACAUGCGCUGACGGUCGAGCUCACCUUCUUUACCAUUAACCUACGCGUUCUGGUGGGCACUGACCACGAAUGGGUGAAAGGAGCUCCUACAAUAGAUCCGAGCACUGUGGGCUUGGACAUCGACACUUUGGAUUUGCCUACAGACAGCGACAUAACGCACCUCAAGAAGGCGCUACAGCAACUGGAUACUCAUCUCGUUCAGAUUACACACGAACAGCGGUACCUGCAGCAAAGGGCGGACCGUCACAUGAAGACGGUCAAGAGCACCCACUUUCGCACCUUGGCAUGGUCCUUUGCCCAAGCGGUAGCUAUUGCUGGGGCUAGUUUAGCGCAGGUGUUGACUGUGCAGUACCUGUUCAAGAGCAGUCGCAAGACAUACUCAGUGUAG